AGGCGAGGCAAGUCAUCGUGUGUGUGUGUGGGGAGAGAGAGAGAGAGAGAGAGAGAGAGAGAGAGAGAGAGAGAGAGAGAGAGAGAGAGAGAGCUAGUAACAUGAGGUGUGGGGAUGUUUUUUGAGAUAUACUCUUUUUUUUAACCGUUGACAAGAUUCUUUUUCAAUUGGAAGGAUGGCUAAGGUGCGGUUGCUUUCGGACGACGAGAUCUUCCUCGACGAAGCUGUGCUGAAGGCUCUCGCUUUAGCGGAGGAAGGAGCGUAUAACAAGCGACCGCGUCUGUCUGCCUGCAAUAACGGACCGGCAGGCACAAGCGCCGAUCUCGAUGGGGUAAGAGAAGGAACAGGAGGGGGUCCGCGAUCGGCGAGAGGCAGUAAUGAUGACAUCAACGGUUCAAUUGUACAUGAGCGUCUUCCUCUACGCUUCCCGCCGCCAUCGCCGUCUGCAGGGACAAGCUUCCUCAAUCGUCGUGCUCCUGGCGUUAAUCACUGCGUGGGGAAUGGGGGAGGUAGUAGUCGUAACGAAGCCGGCCGUGGUACUAAUAAUAGUAAUAAUGUAGCGACCAGGGGAGAAGCAGCAGCUUAUCCGAUCACACCACCAGGUGGCGUCAUUGCUCACAGCGGCAAUCGAGAGUCAAUGGUUCCAUCAGCAGAGAGGAGAGCAGUCGGGAAGGCCAUUGCAGACGCAAUCGCGGCGCAGCAGCAGCCAGGGUGGAAGAUGGAAGCUAGCGAUGGAGUCGGCGAUGGCAGCGGGAGCGGGAGGAGGAGGUUAUCGACCACGGGGCUGCCCGGGCAGCCAGCAGCAGCAGCAGCAGCAGUAGGAGCUGUCAGGACACCAGGAAGAGACAGCCCUGCCAGCGUAUCUGCAUCGUAUGGUUCCACGUCACCAUCAUCAUCGUACGGUGCUCGUGAAAGGUCGUACGGCAAUGGAGGAGGAAGGAGCAAGAGGAGUGUGGAGGAGGAAAUAGCGAAUGCUAAGGCGCUGGCCAUCGUCAUUGACGAGGCGGGGCCAUCAUCGCCGCGUGCUGAGGCGCAUACAUCAGCGCAGCGCGAUCAGGCUUCAGAUCCCCGACGUGCUGUCAACGGCAAUCAACAGGACGUAUUGCUGCCUCCCCGAGGGCCUCAGACCCCCCAAAAUUGUUCAUUCAAUCCAUUUACCCGGUCUCAGCAGUUAUCGGAUCCACCGCCGAGAGGGAAGGGGUCAGGGGUUGAUGGGGGGAGGAGGGAAGGAGUGCAGCAGCCGGCGAAAUUCCCGGACUUCGAUCGACCUCGUCAGGGAGAGGGGGUUGGUGGUGGACAACGCCCCUCUUUUUCUCCUCCUCCUCCUCCCUCUCCUGGCUCUGCCUCUGCUGCCGCCCUCCCUCCCUCCAGCAGUCAUUUUAAUCGGGCUAUGGUGCCAUACGACCGCGGGGGGGGGGGCAACGAUCGCCCAUCGCCGGGAUCUCGAUCUCCUCAGGUGGGGGGGGGGUAUCCGUUCUCUGCCGGGCCUGGAAAACAGGGCAGCGUCGGGAAUCUAGUCCCCAGCGGGGGGCAGCAGGACUUCACGCCUGCUCGGCCGUCCUCAGCGACGAGAAACUGCCAGCGUGGAGAACCACCACCUGCUUCUCCCAACGGGGUGAUUAAUGGCUGGCAGCCUCCCUCAGGCCGCCGCGAUGGCCCACCAGGAGGUAAUGGUGGAAGCGGGAAUACACACAAGGCAGUGGUGCCUUUUGCUAACCGCGGCCAGACCAAGGUCAUGGGAGAAACCCCCAGCGGCAGCGGACGGACCUUUGCUGGGGCCAAUUGUGGGGUACGUCAGGGGCCUGAGGGGUGGGGAGCCAUAGUUCCUGCACCUGGCGGGGGAGGAGGAGGUGGAGGAGGUGGUGGAGGUGGAGGAGGUGAAGGAGGUGGUUGGGGGCGGAGAGUCGAUGGCGGUAGGAAUCACUUGCAAACCGGAUUCAACGGCAACACGUGGAAGUCUCCUGGAAGCCGUCACGGAGAUGAUUACGAUGAUGAGCAGGAGCUUUGUCCUAGUGCUGCUGACGUGGCCUUUCGCCGCGCCCUCAUCCCUCAUGAGGGACGACAAGAGCCAGCGAGGGAGAGGGAGUCGUCUUCUUCCGCUCCUUUGUGGUUGACUAAGCCGGCUGUCAAUGAGUUUGUCACGUACCACGAAGCUGCGUUCAAAAUUUUGACCAAAGCGGAUUACACGGCCGUUCAGGGGAAAACAUACAUCAAGAAGAGUGGAUGGAGAAAGCUGGCGUUUUUCUUUGGGAUAUCGCUGGAAAUAAAGGACAAGUCGAUUGUUCGAGACGAGAAGGGGAAUGUGCUUCGCGGGGAGUUCACCGCCCGAGCUGUCAUGCAGUCGGGACGGUUUGCAGAGGGCUAUGGCUCGUGCGACCGGUACGAGAAGCGCUUCAGUCAUCCCAAUCAUGAUGUGCCGACGACCGCAGAGACAAGGGCAAAAAACAGAGCCGUGCAGGAUCUGCUAGGCAUCGGGGAAUGCAAGUCCGGCUGAUUGUGGAGGGGGAGAACGCUGAGGCCUGGAAGAGGAAGGGAGGGAGGGAAGCAGGGUGAGCUGCCAUUUUCCCCUUCCACUUGCGCGCGUAUCCACUCACCCAUCCAACACUGCCUAUCAUCGUCCCACAUUCCCUUUCCCUCUCUCUCAUUCAUUUCGUGUGUGUGUGUGUGUGUGUGUGUGUGUGUGUGUGUGUUUGUGUAUAUGGGUGAGUACCGGUAGUUGUAUGCAUAUCUCUUAGGAAGAUGUUCCGUAGCUACGUGGGCGAGGGGCCGUCUUUGUGCCCACCUA